GGAAGAACCAAAGGAUGAACGGAAGAAAAACGCAAAAACACGCAGCAGAGGUCGGACGCCAAGUCAGCGAGGAACGCAACACCGCUCGCAUCGCCGGACGCCGCACGGCCCUUCGUGCCUCCUCCCGCCGCUGGCCGCUGCUGAGUGCUGCUCGCCUACUCCUAGCCUCCUAGUCUGCUUAUCUGGACUCCGCCUAACCGGCUUCUGCUUCUCAGCUUCUGGGACGCCCCUGGUUUUGGACUCUGUGCCCAUGUAUCUCCUCCGGUUGCAUUUCUAAAGAAUAAGUGUGGGCUUGCUUACACCGUUUGUACGGCAGUUCCUUCAAAUGCAUCAAAGGAGCACGACUUCAUAUCUUCAGGUUUAAAGGAAUGGCCAACCUAUCUGAUCCACCAUCAUCUGCCAUUUCAGCUGCUGAGCUAGAGUUUCUUGCAGAGGAUGAAAUGGUUGAAAUUGUGCCCAACAUGAGAAUGGAAACCCUAAAUUUGAUCUGUGGAGAUUUUGGCCCUUUUCACCCACAAAUAGCUGUACAGGUUCCACUGUGGCUAGCAGUGGCCCUGAAGAAGAGAGGGAAAUGCACUAUCAGGCCUCCUGAAUGGAUGUCAGUUGAAAAGUUAACACAGGUCUUGGAAGCAGAAAGAGAUUCUGAAGGGUUCCAGUUAUUACCAUUUCAUUAUGUUGAAAUUUCAAGACUUCUCUUUGAUCAUGCUCGUGAGGACAUACAAGAUGUAUAUAUGGUGAGAUCAUUAAUUGAGGAUAUAAAGGAUGUACGAUUCCACAAAAUAGGGACUGGCCUCGAGAUUAUAUCUAAGGAGCGUACUUUUGCACUGAGGCUAAAAAAUCUAUCUGCAAUGGAAGCAAACGUGGUGCGUCCAUUUGUCACAAGAGCAUUGGAGAUGUUUCAUAAGUUGAGUAGCCCAGAAUUGAUAUCUGAAUCAGAUGCUGUGCCAAAUAGACAACGCCGACCCAUUAAUGUGCCAACAAGAGUUACUAAGCCUAGGUGAUGACUAUCUGAUGUGCUGUUCAAGCAUCUGCAUUCAACACCACUUCUGCAAUGUAUUGGUAAAGGCCAGUUUGGAAAGUAUACAUUCAAGUUUAGUUAGCAGAAGGCACACUCCCUCCAUGGCUCCAUCCCCUUUUUGUAUGCUGAAAUAUUACUGACCGGUGAGGAUUGAUCAAUAGGAUGUGGUGGAACAAUUUAAUAUCUGCAUUUAAAAAACGUCCCUAAUGUUAUACAUUUGAAGCUCAGUUUCGGAUUAUAUGUAUUUUAAUUUCAUUAUCUUGUUUUCUUUUGUGAUGUAUUUAUUUCUUUUAUCCAUAUAUUACUCAAGUAGGAUCAUUGCUCUCUAA